CCCCUGUCGCCCGAUCGGGUCUGGGGCUCCCGGAUCCCGCCCGUACCUGAGCCAGGCACGGCCGCGGGCUUCACGCCGGCGCAGCGGCCAGUCCUCGCUUUGCAGGCAGGGAAAUUGAGGCCCGGGGCAGCCGGGGCGGGGCCGGCCCCCCUGAGAGUCCGAGCCUCCGCCCCCGGUCGGCCCCGCCCCGGCCCGUAAGAGGCCCCCUGGCCGCCAGGCGAAAGCUCACAGCGCGGCGCCGGGGCCGGGGCCAGGACCGCGAUGGCAGCUCAGCGGCUGGGCAAGCGGGUGCUGAGCAAGCUACAGGCUCCAUCGCGGGCCCGGGGCCCGGGAGGCAGCCCCGGGGGGCUGCAGAAGCGACACGCGCGUGUCACCGUCAAGUAUGACCGGCGGGAGCUGCAGCGGCGGCUAGACGUGGAGAAGUGGAUCGACGGGCGCUUGGAGGAGCUGUAUUGCGGCAGGGAGGCAGACAUGCCCGAUGAGGUCAACAUCGAUGAAUUGUUGGAAUUAGAGAGUGAAGAGGAGAGACGCCGGAAAAUCCAGGGACUCCUAAAGUCGUGCACAAACCCCACAGAGAACUUCGUCCAGGAGCUGCUGGUGAAGCUGAGAGGCCUCCACAAGCAGCCAGGCCUCCGCCAGCCCAGCCCCUCCGGUGACCGCAGCCUGAGCCCCCUCCAGGACCGAACCCGGACCGCGCGGCCCUGACCCUCUCUGGCCUCUGUGACCCCCUCCAUCUCCCCGCAACGCCAUCCUGGCUUGUUUAUAAGUUGUAUUUAAUGGUUCUGUAACAAUAACACUGCGUGCCUGUUUUUCUUCUC